GCUACCAUUUUCACCACUUUAUUUCCUCUUUCAUUCGCAGCAUUUUGAAGUUCGCAAUCCUACUCUCCUUAAUACGCAAUGCAGGAGUCUGAAUACAACAGCGUGGUCUGGGACACCCGGGCUGGCGACGACGGCGAGCAGGCUACGGCGGCGAGCGGCCCAGCAGCAUCGAGUCCCCCUCUCAGCACACAGGCACCGCCAUUUCCUGGUGACGCCGCAUCGCAGGAUUUUGGGGUACCUCCAGACUUCCACGAUGGCUCGUUUGGCCAGGGGGCAGCAGCAGGGGCGUCGUUCGACCCACCAUUCAGUAGUGGGGAGGCAUCGACGUCAGCAGCAGGGCAUAGGAGUGGUGUCUCAGGUGAUGCCAGCAACAGACGCAGCUCGGUAACCAACGGCGACAGUAUGACAGAUGUGCAGACAGAGAUUACAGUCACCGACCCGCGCAAGGAGGGCGAGGGCACAAGCAGCCCAUUCAUCACAUACCUAGUGAAGACGGUGCGCACGAACCAGGCGACGCGAGAGAUGCGGCGGUAUGCGUUGCGGCGACGCUUCCAGGACUUUGCGUGGUUGCACGAGCAGCUGACGCAGGAGUUUGUGUCGUGUGUGGUGCCGCCGCUGCCGGGUAAGCACCGGUUAGAGUAUCUGACCGGCGAUCGAUUCAGCGAAGAGUUUGUGUUGCGGCGGCAGCACGGGCUGGAGCGGUUCCUGAAGCGUAUUGGGCUGCACCCGAUGCUGCGGACCAGCAAGCACCUGACUGUGUUCCUGGAGGCCAAGGACUGGAGCUCCGAAUACGAGCAGAAGCCAAAGAGCGAGAACGGCGUGCUGGACAAUAUCGGCGACACGCUGCUCAACACAUUCAGCAAAGUGCGCAAGCGCGACGAGCGCUUCAUCGAGAUGCGCGACAGCAUCGCACGGCUUGAGGACAACCUGACACGCACGCAGAAACUGUAUUUGCGGGUGACCAAGCGCCAGCAAGAGUUGCACCAGACGUACGAGGAGCUGGGCACCGGGUUCAUUGACCUGGGCGACAUUGAGACGGGCAUGACGCUGGCGCUGGUAGAGUCAGGCAACGCGCUCAAGGCGCACCACGUGGCGCUGAAGACGCUGGCAGACCAGACUGAGGACCUGUUCCUGGGCGAGAUCGAGGAGUACAUUGCGUACUGCGAGGCGUACAAGGACAUGCUGCGCCUGCGCGACCAGAAGCAGGCCGAGUUCGAGGACCUGAGCGAGUACCUGCAGCAGACGACCGCAGAGCGCGAUCGACUGGCCAACCACCAGUCAGCUGUGGGCGUCUCGGCGGUGACCAACUUCAUCCGCGGCAAGGUGUCACGUCAGCAGCGGAUCCAGAACCUUACUGAGCGCAUCAAGGAGCUGCAGACCGCCGUCGAGACCAGCAACGAGGACUCGCUGGCUUUCAACGAGCUGGUGGCCAGCGAGUACGAGGUGUUUGGGCUGGUCAAGCAGCACGACUUCAAGCGUGCCUUUGCGGCUCUGGCGUCAUCGCACAUGGAGUUUUACAGCAAGAGCAUCGAGAUCUGGAAGGCCAUCAUUCCGGAAGCUUGA